AUGUUUAUUGGAGAUGAUUCACCAAAACAGAUUUUCGAAGAAAUUGUUCGCGAAUGUGAGGAAAUUGAACGUUUUUCAUGCUUAUCGUCAAUGUCAUCUGCUUGUAUUUCAUCAUCGUCAUCGUUUACGGACGAUUCAUCAGAACAGUCAAGAAUCUCAUUACGGUCUGAAGACGAGUCUAAUGUGAAGAAGAGGAAGGCGCUGAAUAGAGCCGCUGCAAUAAGGUACCGUAAACGAAAACGAGAAGAGCAUGAAUUAACAAAGCGCGAAAUGCUUGAAUUAGAGAUUCAUAAUACUAAACUCAAAAAUCGUGUAACUGAGUUACAGAACGAAAUAACAUACCUAAGAAACUUCAUGAAUGAAAUUCGCUCACGCACUCUCUGA